AUAGAACCCUUUGGAUUCAAAUUGAUGAAAAACUAUUCAAGCAAUUUAUCUUAAGGCAGUUUUAGCAAUGAGUUACUGGACAAAAAGAAGAAAGAUUCGAGGCGAAGUGCAACAUAUUUUAACUGAAAUAAUUGACACUGAAAAGCGUAAUAUUGAUGUUAGAGAGAAAUGGGCUACAGCAAGCUUAUCACCUCAAUUGUCUGAAACAUUAGUGGUUCCUGUUACUAAAUUAAGCAGCCAAACUCCUUUAUUCAACCCUUUAUUUAACAAUUGCAGUGAGACAUCAGAGAAUUUUGCAUCACCUUUGGGUGAUGUUGAUGCAUAUGACGAAGUUGAAAAUGCCAUUAUGAGCGAUUCUGAAUCUGACCAAAGCUCUCAGUUCAGUAUGAUGGAAGAACUUGUAACAGAUUUGGCAUCAUGGUCAUGUUCUUUUAAUGUUACACUUACUGCGUUAGCUGCUUUGUUGACUAUUUUAUGA